AUGUCUUGGUCACUUCAAAUCGAUAUACCACAGCCUAGAUACAAAGCCGGCGACACCGUGUCUGGGUCCGUUUAUCUCGUCAGCCAGCUUACUAAGGGUCAAUAUGUAGAUGUUGGGUCUGUCACGAUUGAACUUACAGGCAGUAGCACGACUGCGAAGCUGUGGCCUCGCAUUCCCAAUCCUAUACGACUGUUCACCUUUAAAAAGACCCUGUUCACUGGCCCAAAAAGGCUUUAUGCUCCAUACGGCCAAACAGGAAAUAAUGACCGAAACAAAUGGCCUAUCAGCUUUACCCUCCCGCUCGAUUGCAGCGCGUCUCAGGGGGAACCGUUUACUUCAUCGACAUACUUCAACACUGAUCCCAACCAACCUCUUCCCAUCUCUUUUGUGGAUGACAACGUCCAAGGUGGAUCUUGUUCGGUUGUUUAUGAGCUACAAGCCACACUCAUGUCGCCGCCCAAGGACGGCUACUACACGAACGAAGGCUGCGUCAAAAAAGUAGAGAUAUCCGUCUACAGGCCCAGGAGCGUAGAGCAGCCGAACUUCAAUUUCAACACUAAGAGCAUAAGAUUCACACACCGAAGCUUACUCCUUCUACCCAUAGAGGAACGCAAGCUCGCCCACCGCCCUCUUACCCUGAAGGAAAAAUUGAAGCUGAAACCACCAUCAACCGAGCACUUGCCCAGAGCGGUCUUCGAGAUAAGGGUGCAAACACCAUCAACUGCUGUUAUUGGCCAAGCAUUACCGCUAAUGCUUCACGUUGAUUACGAUUCGGACGCUUCUACGGUGCCACCACCCAUCUUCCAUCUGAAGAAAGUGACCAUCCAUCUGAAGAAAGUGACCAUCCAUCUUUGCGAAGAAACAUCCAUCUGGGGCUCCAAACGCGCUGGUGGACAUGAGUCCACGCGAUGGACCAAGGAAAUCACACUUCAGGAAAAGGAAUUCGAUACCAGGAAACCUCGAGUGGAGGAGCAUCUAGAUUUGAAGAAAGUGAUGAACACCGUUGUCCAUAAUGACUUGACACCUACUUUCAAAACUUUUAACAUUGCGCGCACCUAUUCAUUGAAGGUAUUUGUCAGGCUGGAAUGCGCCGGAAAGGAGCAUUUUGUCUUUGGCGAUUACAAGCGUUGCACACUGUUGGCGGAACAGUAUGACCCACAAACGGUAGCAUACAACGAGCCAGCGCCUGUCAUGGAUGGCGAAGAUACUGACCCUCCACCUCCGUACCAUUUCGCCACACAGGAAGCGGUGCCGGAGUAUUCGACUCAGGCUCAUUGUACGGGGCACCAUGGACAAAGUCAUGCUGGACAGAACGGAGCCGCAGUGUUAGAUAUAGCUGAAUCCUCCACGGCUGCCGCCUUAAACUCUGCGGCCCCGGCAUCCUCUGCUGCCACUCCUUAG